AUGUUCGGGGCUCGCUCCACUCCCGUCACGGGCAGUAGGUACGGUACAUACGAUACGGGUGGGUACGCGCAUAUGCAUCGGACGGCAUAUGCAGUGUGCUCGUGCGACUGCCUCGGCAACAAGCAGUGCGAGGGCGGAGCGCUGCUUCCGAGCGAGCGGGCGCCGCGCGCGCUUCGCCGCCGCGCCUCGCUGGCGAUGGCCCCCGACCUCGUCGAGCGCGCCAGCGUC